AUGAGCUUGGGCUUGAAGGCUCACAGUCUGCAUGAUCGGGGCAUGGUCUAUGAAUUUGACAAUAUUGAAUCAUCAGCCAACCUCGCAUGGACACCAUGUUUCGACGCCUUUAAUUGCUCUAGACUGGAAGUUCCUUUGGAUUAUUCAAACAAAAGUCUUGGCACGACGUCGAUUGCUUUCAUCAAGCUGGCUGGCAAAGAUGCCACCGUCGAGUCUCCAAGUAUAGUACUCAUCCCCGGCGGUCCGGGUGGCUCUGGUGUCGACCUACUCCUCACAUACGAGCAUCUCAUCGGGCAGAUGUUUGGAGAGCAGUACAACUUUGUCUCCUUUGACCCUCGCGGUGUGAACAAUAGUGGCUUGCAUCUCGACUGCUUCUCGGGUGAUGCAAAAGCAAGAUCGGCUUUCUAUCGCCUGCACAGAACGGGCGUCACCAAUCUCUCAUCAACAUCGCUUGAGGAACAGUACUACUCAAGCUCUAUCUACGGCGAGUGGUGCAAUAAUGCUGUCGAGAGCAAGUCACCUCAUUCAUACUAUGUGACUACGCCAGCAGUUGCCCAUGAUUUGCUCAGGUUUACCGAAGCCGAAGCUGUAUCGGCCGGCCAGUCACCAUCAAAUGCCAAACUGUGGUGCUAUAGCAUCAGUUACGGCACAGUGAUCGGCAGCACUUUCGCUUCCCUGUUUCCUGACCGCGUUGGGAGAAUGAUACUCGAUGGUGUUCUCAACGCAGAGCAAUAUUACAACAACUAUUGGACGGACAAUGUUGAUCAAAUGGACGAAGCUAUGGAAACAUUCUUGACCUUCUGCCACUCCGCAGGGCCUGAAAAGUGUUCAUUUUGGGGCCCCACGCUGGCUAAUAUCACGGCAAGAAUGGAUGCCAUCACCCGUCAGCUUCACAAUCAUCCAGUCCCUCUAAGCGGCGUCGAGGAUGCAGAUCUGCCGACAAUGGUCACUUAUUCAGACCUGAAGACUCUUUUUCUCAACGCACUCUAUAACCCACUGGCUAGGUUUCCGAGCAUGGCUGACAUCCUACACCAGGCCGAGAGUGGGAAUGUGUCUGCGCUUGCGGGCUUGUAUGACCGGUCGAACUCUAUAACCGAUGCCCGUCUCGCCAUUACAUGCGCCGAUUCGUAUCGGAGGAACAGGCUUACUACCAUAGAAGAGUUCAAGAUGUGGACGGAGUACACGAUUUCCAAGAGCAAGUAUAUCGGUGAUAUCUACCCCAGCCUCCUGGAAGACGAAAUAAGCGCACUUGAGAGGCCUACAUCCUUCCCGAUCCUCUUUGCGAGUAAUACCAUCGACCCUAUCACGCCGUUGAUAUCGGCGAGCAAGAUGUCUUCUCGGUUUGCCGGAUCGGUACUUUUAAUGCAAGAAGCUGUUGGUCACACGGUCAUCGAUCAGGGGGCGUCGGACUGUUACUUUGGAUAUAUCCAGGCAUACCUUCAGGGCACGGUUCCAUCGCCCAACACUACAUGUCCACGACAGUAUAUUCCUUUCAUAGAUGUAUCCCCUUUUUAA